GCCCCAUUUAUCUCAGCAUUCUUUGAUAAAGCAUAAAAUGUACUCCUCUGUGUAUUUUGAUGUGAAUAAAGAGAAACCUGUGCUUGUCUUGUUGGAAGGACGCAGUAAAGAACAGCAGAACAAAUUUGCAAAGGAAAACUGAAGUAGCAGAAACGGAUCAAGGUGGUUAAGCAAGGGGUUGUGGUUAAUAAGUAACAGGCCACAGCGGUUUCCCCCACCCUGCAAGGCCUGCUGGGAAAGCCUAGGCAAGCAUAACUGCGUGUGUGCACUCUCUUGUGCAGGAAGAUAACAGUGAAAUUAAAAACAGGAAGAGAAGAUAGUAGCACCUUCUCGUACGCACUGUUUGACUUUUCAUUUGUGCAGCAAGUUCCUCUUCUGUUCCAGAUCACAAGUCCUUUUCAUGGGCAGAGCAAAGCGCAAGCCUGGGCCCUUGGCUCGGAGGCCAGACAACUCAGCUUUCAAACAGCAGAGGCUGCCUGCCUGGUCUCCUAUGCUAACAGCUAAUACUGUGCUGCCUUUCUUCUACUUUAUGGCUUUGAUAUGUAUGCUGCUAGGUGUAUGGCUGCUUCUUACGGUGCAGGGCACACAGGAAAUAAAGCUGGACUACACAGAGGCUGGGACGUGUGAUAAAUGUUUUGAAAAGCGUAAAAAUGUGAGCAGCGCAGCCGAGAGCUGCAUCUGCAAAGUGGUGUUUCUUGUUGAGAAACCAUUCAAGGGAGAUGUCUUUUUCUACUAUGGCCUCCAAAACUUCCAUCAGAAUCUCCGCAGAUACAUGGACUCCAGAGAUGAUGGACAGCUGGUUGGCAGGAAGAGCAACUUAAAGGAACCCAGUUCUUACUGCGAGCCAUUUGCAAAAGACCAGAAUGGCCUCCCCAUCGCCCCCUGUGGUGCUGUGGCCAACAGUUUCUUCAAUGACUCCUUCACUCUCACCUAUUAUGGAUCUAGUGGUGAUCCAGUUAAGGUUCCUCUGUUACGGACAGGCAUUACUUGGUACACCGAUAAAAAUGUCAAGUACCGCAACCCACAGAUUGACAACUUGACACUGGCUCAGGUGUUCGAAGGGACAGCAAAGCCACUGUACUGGAAGAAGCCUGUUUAUGAGCUGGAUCCCUUGGACCCAACCAACAAUGGCUUCAUCAAUGAUGACCUGAUUGUAUGGAUGAGGGAGGCAGCCUUUCCUAACUUCAAGAAGCUUUAUGGGGUUUUAUACCAUGACAAGCUUUUCACUGAUGGACUCCCAGCAGGGAAUUACAGCAUCGAUAUAUCCUACAACUUUCCUGUGCAGUACUUCCAAGGCAGAAAGGAAGUGGUGCUGACCACACUGACCUGGUUUGGAGGUCAGAACUAUUUCCUGCCCAUUGCUUACCUUGUGACCAGCAGCCUGAUCCUACUGAUAGCUGUCAUCCUCACGGUGGCCUGGUGGAAAUUUGGAAAGAAAGGAAAGAACAUGGAGGAAUGAAGAGUAAAAGGUGCUCUGGGAUGCUGAGGAGUGAAAUGGUUUUUAAAAAGUCAUGCUAUUUAAGAGCCAUUUUAAAGAGACAAAUUCUA